AUGCUGGUCCAAAAGGUGCUUCUGACAGCCUGCAGGCUAGUAUUCCUUGGUUCUUUGAGCGUCUCUGGCUUGGAACUUGCUCCCUCAUCUGCUGCAACCUCCAGCAGUCCUUGUUCAAUGAUUCUUUCACCUGACACGGCUCAUUCCAAUCUUCUUGAUCUAGAAUCAGCACGCCCAUCAUCUCACCCUGCCCCACCUCAGCUACCUUCCUAUUCCAGCCGACCACCUACUGAUUUGCUGUCCCCUUUUCAUUCCAUCUCUCCUGCCUCGAUACUCACAUGUACUCGUAAUCCUACCCUUGCUAUUUGUACCUUCCCCUCUCCUUCUACCACCCCGCCUAGUUCUCAUUCCCAUCUGGCUUUGGAUUCCGCCUCUUCCUCUAAUGCGCCACCUGGUACUUCUUCUCCUCCAACUUUGGUAAGUGCCCUUCCUCCUAGUAAGGUAACUCGGGCCAUGAACGGCAUCCAGAAACCCAAUCCCAAGUAUGCACUUAUUUAUGAUGUCAAUAACUUGUCUGUUGAGACUUCUUGUUACAGUCAGGCACAUAAGUUUCCUGAGUGGUGUCAAGCCAUGACUGAGGAGUGUACUGCCUUGCAACUCACUGGGACUUGGAUAUUGGUCCCAUAUCACUCUCUAAUGAAUGUUCUUCUGCAUCAAAGGACGGUCAGAUGGUACUAUCGAGCACUAUAA